AUGGCUACCUCUCAAGGUGCCAGGACAUACAAUGAUGCAAUUGAUGCUCUGAAUUCCCUCCAAACCCCAUAUGCGAUCAUCGAAGCUCGUCGAAAGGCUGGUAUACGACCCGAUGCUACCUCCAUCGCCGAAAUGCAGGUUUACCUGCAGCGUAUCGGAUACCUGCCGUCCGACCUCGAUCGCUUGAAUAUUCUACAUGUCGCCGGAACCAAGGGCAAAGGAAGCACUUGCGCUUUUGCAGCGUCCAUAUUAUCGCAAUACCAAAAGUCUCAUGGCAUACCCCGCAACAUUGGGCUAUUUACCAGCCCGCAUUUAAUCGCGGUUCGGGAAAGAAUCAGGAUCAAUGGCUCUCCAGUUAGUGAAGACGUUUUUGCGCGCUAUUUCUUCGAAGUAUGGGAUAAGCUCGGAGAGGCCGGUGAGGAUGGGGACCAGAAGGUUAUAGAUCAGCGACUAGGCAUACCUACAAGGCCCGUCUACUCUCGUUACUUAACCUUAAUGAGUUAUCACCUAUUCCUCCAAGAAGGCGUGGAUGUUGCCGUUUACGAAACAGGGAUUGGUGGCGAAUAUGACGCUACAAACGUCGUGGAGCACCCUACAGCGACCGGUAUUAGCACCCUCGGCAUUGACCACGUUUUUGCGCUCGGAAAGACAAUCGACAAAAUAGCAUGGCAUAAAGCCGGUAUUAUGAAGACGGGUAGCUCUGCUUUCACUAUCGAACAAGUCCCUGAAGCUGCGGAAGUACUACAAGCAAGAGCCAUGGACAAGAGUGUGUCGCUCAAGGUCCUAGACAUUGACCCAAGACUAAAAGGUGUCAACGUUCGACCAAAUGCAUUAUUCCAAAAGAAAAACGCCACUUUAGGAAUCGCAUUAGCAGAGACAGCACUGCAGAAAAUUGAUCCCAAUUUCGCACCAAAUCCAUCAACAUUAAGUAAAGAAUUUGUUGACGGAAUUGAACAGGUAGUAUGGAGAGGAAGAUGCGAAGUCAAGGUCGAAGGACCUAUUAUUUGGCAUGUUGAUGGAGCCCAUACUAUUGAUAGCCUGAAAAUGGCAACGAGAUGGUUUGCGGGUGAAUGCGCAAAUAAAUCUGGGCCAAAAGCCUUGAUAUUCAACCAGCAAGGGCGAGAUGAGGCGGUCAACUUCCUCGAGGGAAUGGUCUCCACCCUCAAAGCUCAAGGGCAAGGAACCUUCGAACACGUCGUAUUCUGCACGAAUGUGACUUACGCCGCCACGGGAUACAAGCGAGACUUUGUGAACUACCAGUACGACCCCGAAGCUAUUAAAGCUCUUACCGCACAGCGCGCUUUCGCCGAGAAGUGGUCAUCCUUAGACCCAUCAGCGAAGGUGACGGUAAUGCCCACAAUUGAAGACGCUAUAAACCACGUCAGAGAUCUCAGUAACACAUCUCUUAGCCAGGGCGAAACGGUUCAGACCCUCAUCACAGGUAGCUUACAUCUGGUGGGUGGGGCUCUAGGUAUAUUAGAAGGCGCGGAUACUCUGUGA